UCGAUGGUCCAAACACAUUUCCCUGCAGAGUUCCAGGCUGAAUGCAUAUACGAAUACGUAUACUAUGUGAUCUUAUCAAACUUUCGCCGCCACAGUGCGGUUAAACGCGAAACUGUUGGUUAAACAAAAACAUUUAAGGUACGUGAGUGUCGUGCAAAGUCAUCCUAAAUCGGCCGUUACGUAAAGAAAACGGCUUUCGCAUGAUAUUUUGGUUAAUACUGGUGCUGGCGUUUGUCUUGUACUAUAUCCUGAUAAAACCACAUCGGUUUUGGAAGGACAAGGGCGUAAGACAGGGGAAGCCAUGGAUACUUUUAGGAGAUACUUGGGGCACUAUGUUCGGUCUCAUGGACGUCGCCCAGUCAAUUAAACAUUUUUACGAUAAAUUUCCGGGCGUAAGAUAUUAUGGAAUUUAUCAGUUUUUGAAACCGAAAUUCGUCGUCAAGGACCCAGAGCUCAUAAAAAGAAUUACGGUCAAGGAUUUCGAUCAUUUCGUUGACCAUGUGGCGAUGGUCGAUCCCGAAGCUGAUCCCCUGUUUGCAAAAAAUCUGCUCAAUCUAAGAGGUGAUGAUUGGCGGAACAUGAGGUCCACCUUAUCAGGAUCGUUCACGAGCAGCAAAAUGAAGGCCAUGUUCGCAUUAAUGACAGAUGCGGCCGAAAACUUUGUUAAAUAUUUUAAAAAACAAAACGAGGAUCUUCUAGAGGUCGAAUUGAAAGAUGCGUUCACGAGGUUCACGAUUGACGUAAUAGCGACCACAUCGUUCGGGGUUCAAGUAAAUUCUCUAGAAGAGAAGAAAAACGAAUUCUUCUUAAUGGGCAAAGAGAUAACUCACCUCAGUUUCUUUUUCUUCCUCAAAUUAUUAGUAUUUUGGUUCUCUCCUAGUUUAUUUAAGCGUUUUAAGUUUCGAAUGUUCAGAAAGGCCGUCACCGAUUUCUUCACCAGAGUGAUAACCGAUACCAUUCGAACUCGGGAAGCAAAGGGAAUUUACAGGCCCGACAUGUUACAGAUCCUAAUCGAAGCAAAAAAAGGUGCGGAAAAAGAAGAAACUAAUAUCGGCGAAGUGGGGUUUGCCGCUACGAAAGAGUUCAUUCCUGCAAAAUCUAAAAUAACCAAAGAACUCACCGAUGAAGAUAUCACCGCGCAAGCGGUCAUAUUUUUCUUUGCCGGUUUUGAUUCGGUGUCGUCUGCCAUGACAUUCGCCACUUACGAAUUAGCCACCCAUCCGGAUGUUCAGGAACGCUUAAGGCAGGAAAUUCAGGAGACUCUGAAUGCCUCUAACGGCAAAGUCACUUUUGAAGCCCUUACUUCUAUGAAAUACAUGGACAUGGUUUUAUCAGAGUCUUUAAGAAAAUGGCCGUCUUUCGUAGCACUGGGACGCGAAUGUACAAAACCAUAUGUCAUAGAACCCACACAUCCCGAAGAAAAAAGAGUUGUGAUACCGAAGGGAACACCUGUGCAGAUACCUCUCUAUGGUAUCCACCACGAUCCUAAAUAUUACCCCAAUCCUGCAAACUUUGACCCCGAACGAUUUAGUCCCGAAAAUAGACACAAAAUAACCCCUUACACCUAUCUGCCAUUUGGAUCAGGUCCACGAAAUUGUUUGGGUUCUAGAUUUGCACUCUUGGAAGUAAAAACUGUAAUUUUUUACGUAUUAAACAAUUUUGAACUUUUAGUCAUCGAUAAAACACAAGUCCCCAUAAAAUUGAGCAAAAAAUUUGUAAUUAACAUAAGACCAGAUAAAGGGUUGUGGUUAGGACUAAAGAAAAUUGCUAAAUGAUAAAAUAGUUUGCACCUUGUGUAUUAUUGAUUUUUUUUAUAUUUUAAUAUGUGCACAAUUAAAUAAACUUCAGAUUUUAAUAAAUCGUCCAC